AUGGGGGACAUCGAUUUGCACCCCCUUGGCUCCGAAAGAUUCCGCAGUUCUCGAAGCCACCCUUUCACAACAUCCACCUUUUUCAGCUCAAAUUCCAAGAGACGUAGAGUUUUGGAACCGUACAAGUGCAUCGACGGCCUCCUCGAACCGUACAAAUGCCUCUCGUGUCGUACCUUAACCCCCUUUUUGGCCCAACUGAAGACACAUUCCUUGACACAAAUCCCCAUAUAUCGACAAAAAAAUGAGACAGUGUGCUACGUUUGUGAAAGUUGCAACUUCAAAACUUACUCCCGACUGAUUCUCUUGAACCACAUUUACUCAAGUCGGUGUAAAGUCACCGAUAAAAACUCAGUGUUGAUGUUAAUGAAACUGGUCGAUAAGUCGGGAGAGACGACGAUAAAACUCUACUGCUCCGAGGGAAUCCCCCGGACGCUGCACCACGUCCAGCGGCCCGCGCGCCAGCCCCCCGGGGUCCCCUCGUUAAUCCCGUGCCAUUUAUGCGAGUUCAAAACGAAAGACAGAAAUUACCUCAAAACGCACGUUUUGCGGAGGCAUACGCCCCCGGAGGCCAUCACGUGGCACCAGUGCGCCAUGUGUCUCUACGUGGCGAAAUUCAAGGGCGACUUGAACCGUCACAUUAUACAUAAACACACCCCCACGGUCAAAAAAGAAGUGGUUCGGUGCAAGUUUUGCAGGUCGAGGUUUAAGACGCAACAGGGCCUUGAGACACACGUGUCGGAAAGACAUUCGUCCAAGGAGGUCGUCACCUGGUACAGGUGCGACGAGUGCCCCCAUAAAACCCGGUACAAGGAGCACUUCCGGAGACACAAACGCGAGCAACAUGCGCCGGUUGAAGACCAGAAGCAGCUCCUGUGUGAACAUUGCGGGUACAAGGCCAAGCAGAAAAUACACUUGAAGUUGCACGUGAUUCAAAGACAUACCGAUGAUAAAGAUAUCGAGUGGUACAAGUGCGGGGAAUGCGAGUAUAAGGCUAAACUUAAGGCGAGUUUGAAGGAUCACGUCUUAAGGAAACACGAAACGGGUGAUAUUAAGUGGUUUAAGUGCGAUGACUGCGAGUAUAAGACUUUCAAAAGAUAUUUGUUAAAGACACACGUGAAAAACCAUCACAAAGACAAAAAUUCCAUUUAA